GCUGCUGCUGCUGCUCGCUGGCUGCCUGCUACUCUCGCUGGCUGCUGCCGUUGUCUGCUGCUAUCGCUGGUCGCUGCUGUCGGCCGGCCGUCGCGUCGUCUGACGCCCGUCUGCGUGUGUGUGCGUUCCUCGUGUCGUUUCCUGUCCGCAUAUCCCGAGGUGCACGAUCGUCGUCCUGCCGGUUAAAUAUAGCGCCAAUCGUCGUUUCUAGGCACGCCUUUGAAAACCUCGCUCCGGCUCGCCCCAAAGUCGUCGCAUAUCGCUGCAGUUCUCGGGUUUUUCGCGGACACGCGUUUACGAUCCUUCCGUGCUCGUCUCACUCCUGACGCGGCGUUCGGCCACCCCGCGUUACGUGCCGCCCGGCCGCGAUCCACGUGCGACGUUCUGUUACCGCUGCAGCUACUGUACGGGGUAGUGACCGCCCGAGCGGCGGUGGCGGUGGUGGCGGCGGCGGCAGUGGCGACGACGACGAUUACAAAUACGAGUUCGGCCAUCGCGGUGACGGCUGUUUCGGCCUUUCCCUGUUCCUCCCCGACCGCGGCCGUCUUCUGUCACUCGUUGCACGCAGUGCCGUUGUGCUGCACCACCACCAACACCACCACCAUUACCACUAUUAUUACAACCACCACCAUCACUAACGCCAUCACUACUUCGGACUGCAGCUCAAUCCCGGUGUCGCCGAAGUGAUGCAACAACAAUGCGGUUUCUGCGCUGCGGUGUCCGACAUGUUCCGGAGGAUCAUGUGCUUUAACGGCAGCAGGAGGGGUAGCGACCAGUCGUACUAUCAUGAGCUGGACAACGAUGACCCACAAAUCGCACUAGUGACCGCUGACCCCACAAAUGUAUCGCCCCAUUCUCCAGAUGUGAUCUACAUCCGUCUCAGAGACGAUUCGCCCACAGACGACCGAUGCAGAAGACGUUCACGAUUGUUGUCCGAAGGCGAAGUGGUUCUUCUUGAGUCGGUCGCCCAUUCCGGUAAACGGUUACCCAACGGUCGGUUCUUAACCAUGCACAAACGGAGACGGAAAAAGCUCACCACCCGAUCAUUGUCUAACGAAAACGCACCGGCGCUAUUGGAUGACAUUCAUCACGGCCAAGUCCAGUGUGUGCUGAAACACGUCUGGAAAUGGCCGUUCAACGCUUUUGCAUUAGACACAGCUACAGGGGGAAGAUCGCUUCCAGUACUCUGUGUUCAUCUUUUCCAUUGGUACGGUUUAAUGGAACACUUCAAGUUGGACGUUGUCCAAGUUUGGAAACUCUUCAGUCUUAUAGAGGAAGGGUACCACAGCACAAAUCCAUACCAUAAUGCUAUUCAUGCUACCGACGUAACCCAAGCAAUGCACUGUUUUCUGCAAGAGGAUAAGAUUAAGAACUUCUUAACACCUCUUGAAAUAAUGGCAUCCCUCAUAGCAGCUGUUGCUCAUGAUCUCGACCAUCCUGGUGUCAAUCAACCUUUUCUUAUAGCAACCAGUAACCACUUGGCCACUCUCUACGAGAACACUUCAGUGUUAGAAAACCAUCACUGGAGAUCGGCGGUGGGCUGUUUACUUGAAAGCCACGUUGCGGAAAAACUUAGUCCCAUACGUCAAGAUCUCGAAUCGCAGAUAAGUUCACUAAUCUUGGCCACCGAUAUUACGAGGCAACCGGAAUUCUUAAAAAAAUUUAAUGACUAUCUGGAAAACGACGAAUUGGACAUGAAGGAUCCGGAGUUACGGCAUUUCAUAUUACAAAUAGCUCUGAAGUGUGCGGACAUAUCGAACCCGUGCCGACCGUGGGACGUGAGCCGUAAAUGGAGCCUGAAGGUAUGCGACGAAUUUUUCAGACAGGGUGAUUACGAGAGGCAGUUGGGAUUACCUGUGACCGACAUCUGCGACCGGUAUAACAACACCGUGCCGAAAAUCCAAACCGUGUUCUUCAAGUUCAUGGUACUACCUCUGUUCAACCUGUGGCACAAGUUCUUGGACACCAAGUUGUCGCACUCGAUGAUGGAGAACCUGACGAAGAACCAACAGCAGUGGGAGGAGCUGCGACAGCGAGAGAACUAUGAGGAGCAGCUGACGGACGUGUCGGAGGCGUCUGACAGGGCGGUAGUGGCAGCGGACGCGGACGACAUGCAGCCAGAACCGGAGCUGGUGGACGGGCUGCCGAACCGCCGGGGCUCGCUGCCAGCCGUUAUGCUGGAGACGGUGGACAAGAUGGGCCGCCGGCACUCGGUGCCGCUGAACCUGUCACGGGCCACUGCGACCCAGGUGCCGAGUAUGGACACCAAACUGCGUCGCGACAGCCUGGGCGCGACCAUGCUGCCGCCAUCUACGCUGCUGGUGCAGGUGGAGAACCGGCGCCGGUUCACGCUGGGUCAGAUCCCUUAUCUGGAGGAAGAAGAAGAGGGCUUGAGUCUGUCGCUGGGAUCGUCACGCAGCAGCGGGUUGCAGCGGUCGUCGGACGGUGGUGGCGGCGGUGGAAGCCACAAGGACGACCGGCCGGUGAGCGCGGAGAACCUGAUCCCCGAACCGAGCAUCGCGACCAUCACGAACCCGGCCGAGGCCAGUCGGCUGUGCAAUGUUAUACAUGGCGUCACGUCGCCCGUGCUUCAGCAGGCCGCACGCAGCCUCACGCGCCAACAGACGUUUCCUCCCAUCCAGCCGUACGUCCGCGCACGUUACCUGUCCACCGGUGGUGGCAGCGAUCUGGUUCCGUGCUCGUCGUCCAGCGGUGGCACUUCGGCCGUGUCCACCGCGUCCAGUAGAACCGGAUCGACCAGUAGCGAGGGCGGUGGUGGUGCCGGUGACGGUGGUUGUGUCGUCCUCGUGGGCAACGGUAAUGGCACGAAGCGAGACUCCGUUUUGGACGCGGACAGGGCGUAUAAAUUAGCCAGGUUUUCCAAGGAGAAGGAAAACGUCGAUCCGGCUUCGCGGACCAACGCGGAAAUCAGACGGAAUAGCAAUCACGUGAAUCAAAUUUUGACGAAACGCCGAGGUUCAGCUCCAGUUAGUGGUGGAAAUGGUGACAGUACGGUAUUUAUAAUGCCCGGUAAAGGUCAUGAAGCAACAAUACCCAGACGCGGAUCUGUGCCGUCGGAUUUUUCCAAACAGAGUACCUUUUUUAAGAUGGUGGCCAUCGGGCCUCUGAGCACGAAUGGCCGGAAGCAAGGCGCGAGACGUUCAUCACUACCGUAUGAUUCCAAUAUUGGAUUAUUGAGCUCGCCUCUUGUUUCUCCUUCACGGCCAGAGAGACGGGGUUCAGACAGCAGUCGCCCGAGUAGCCGGAGAAGGCGCAGGAAGUCGAUGAAACGGCGGAGUUCCGGUGGUUCCGACGUGUUGCUUUCCACCGGCCAAUCGAUGGACUCGUUCUUGGCGCACCGCCGCGGUUCCUUGCCCGUAGAAAUAUUAGCUACGUCUUUCUCAGGUCCGCAUUGAAAUUAUCAACGAAUUUUCGCAUCGUAGACUGACAAAAUGGAAACAAAUUGGACGAUAAAAUAUGCAAGCCAUAUAAUGCUUAUGACGAAUAAUAUAUUAUUUGUACGUGAUUCUCCGUACUGCACGAUACAUUUCAUAGAACAUGUGCGUGUGUAUAUGCGUAUACAUAUUUGCAUACAAUAAUAUAUGUAUGCCAAUUGACAAACGACACAUAAAUGAUUUAUGGUCUUCCCGGUGUCCUCUUAGGAAAAAAUAUAUAUUUAAAUAUAUAUAUUGCAUGUAUAUACAUAUACAAUAAUGGAAUCAUUUAUUUGUUUACUUUCGUUCACCAAAGCUCAAUGCUUACGGUUGUUCUUUUUUUUCUUUUUUGUAACCAUGUAAGCUUUAUACUUCUAAGCGUUAAAAUCUAAUCUAUAUAAUGUAAAUAAUCACUUUACACGAGUCGUAACGGGUGCAUCGUCACGUGAUUACGAUUUAUAUCGUACUGUUUUCCAUUCUGUUUCUAUCUGUGUACGAGGUACAUAUCAUGCAUUUGUGUUGACCAUCUUUGCCUUUUUUACAAAUAUUCUUAAUGUAUAAGCUUCACAGUCUCCCGCGAUCUAUGUUAUUAUAUUGUACUCACGCGCGAACCUUAUACGUCCCACGAUAACGUUCAGGGUCUGUUGCGUACUUAGAGUAUCGUCCGGGCUCAAUCCGUUUUUACUUAUGUAAAUUCGCUUGUUACUCGUGCGCAUUAAGCCCAGAUUUACCGGGAGAGAAAUAUCAUGAUAUUAUUUCACGGACGCUUCCGUUAGAAUAGAAAUUAAUAAUUUUAAUAGUGUCGAGUUCAAAUCUGAGUAAUGCACUUGAGUACGUUUUAUUUAUAAAGAAAAAAAAAAGCGUUAUCCCGCCUGUAUAAGAGAAUCGUCUAUGAUAACAAUAAUAAAAUCUUCUAAUAUGUGUAUGGUAUAUGAAACAUUUUUAUUUCCUUCUUUCUUGUUUUUGU